AUGGAACCACCUCCUACAAUUCCCCAGCUAUUUGGUAUCGUUCCCACAGGUAUGCCGCUUAUAAUCGCCCCUAGCAGCGUCGUCUCUCCCACAAGUUACAUCUACACCAUCCCGAUACUGCCAUUGCCAGCCAAGCCUUUCAGCCACUUGACCAUUUUUCUGCUCCCAGGUAUUACUCUUCCACCAUCAACAGCUGCUGCAGUGUACCUCGCACUUCCACAGACUCCUACCGUGUUUCGUUUCCUCGGAGCCAUUGGACUCAACAAAGAAUCUGCUGUUUUUCGUGUGUCAGGACUACACGAAACCCAAAAUCCGUCGACUUAUGGCGUCACAGCCAAUUCAACCGUGACGUCUAUUGCUGAAAUAGAGGUAGAUAUGGAUGCACCCGAGGAAGUCGCAGCAAAGAUAUUACCAGACACAUCCUCUGCUGGAAUACUCACCAUAGGAAUAAGCAUUGAAUCUACUGAAGCUGUAGCGGCUCAGAUGGCUACCCUUCAAGAUAGUAGCAUAUCAAAGCUUAAUCCUACUGUCCCAACUUCCGGAACAGCUAGUCAGGCAUUAGUAUUAGCGGAAAAACCAAAGCCAGAUACAUUACUGCUGGCGCAAAGGAUAAUUAAAGAUGCAUUCAACUACUUGACAAGUUUCAGUUCAAGUGACAUUAGAGGAGAACUUGUACCACUGAAGGCAUUUGAGGAAUGGUGGCGAAAAUUUGAGGCAAAAGUCAAGAGAGACCCGAGCUUUUUAGAAAAAGAUGAGCUUGCCUAG